AUGGUUCCUUCGCCGCCCAGACUGCGGAUCCUAUCAGUUGGAGGCAAUGCAAUCUCGGCUUUUCUCUCGUGGCGGCUUCAGGCCACAAAAUCGUGUGAUGUGACUCUUGUAUGGAAGUCAGGCUUUGAUGCUGUCUCACAAUAUGGUAUCACUUUCAGGUCCAAAGUGUUUGGUAUUGAACGCUUCAAACCUUUCCAGGUUGUCCGCAGCCCAGACGAAAUAGUCUCACCAGACCAUCCCUUCGACUACGUUAUUCUUUGCCUGAAAGCUCUACCAGAUGUCUACGACCUUGCCUCUGUUAUUGAGUCAGUCGUCACUCCCCAACACACUUGUAUAUUAGUCAACACCACCAGUACACUAGGAGUCGAAGCUCAUUUGGAGCACCGCUUUCCUACAAACGUUGUCCUCUCUCUGGUGUCCGGGAUCGAAAUCAACCAGACGGGCACUAGCGAAUUCGAGCAUGCUGCGUCAACGAAUGUCUGGGUUGGGCCCGCCACAAAAAAUGCCAUGAUCCCCUCGUCAAUUCAAACAGACAUGGCUGUGGCAUUGGCUAUUACACUGGGCACAGGCCAGGUGGACUGCAAGGUAUCAGAAAAUAUAAGGCAGGAGCAAUAUGAUCGCAUGAUUGGGCCUAUCUCUUUCCAUCCGGCUAGCGUGAUAUUCGAUUGUCCAAAACACGCGGAUCUGUUAGAGAAAAUUGGACUUCGCCAAUUGGUUUCAGACGUUAUUGACGAGCUCGUCAGUCUAGCCAAUUCUCAAGGUUGCACAUUUUCCGAAAAGUUCAAGGAAUCAACAAUCGAGAAAAUGAUCACUCCGUCAGAGUGUUCAAGUAUUAUGUACCAAGAUUUCCAAGCUAGGCGUCCAAUGGAAAUAGAAACAUUCUUGGGAUCCCCGAUAAAACUUGCCAUGGAAACUGGAAUUAAAGUUCCUCGAAUCGAAACGCUAUAUGCCAUGCUUCACCACAUUAACACCGUUAAUCAGACAAAGCAACAACAGGAUGCGGCAUCACCCAACGCCAUGCACCCACCCCCUCGAAUUUCGUCCGCAGCGCAUCCCCCCCGACCCCCAUUGAAUGGAGUGCGUGGUGGUAGAAUUGGGCCUGGCCCUGAUGGGGGAAUGCCCUUACCUAGACGUGGCCCUCCCCCGAUGGGUUCCCAUCCCAAGCCACCUCCCAAUGGACACCCUCCGAGAGGCCCACCCCCAGUGCAGCGGGAAACAUCAGAAGAAAAUAACUUGGAGGAAUUCAGUCACCUUAUUCUUUACGAUGACGUGGUAGAGGACGGCGCGCAGAAUGGUGGGUAUGCUCCCGUGUCAAAUGGAGGCACUUCCGCUGCGGACCUAGCCCUCAGGGAGCGUGAGCUAGCCCUCCGACAACGUGAACUACAAUUGCGAGAACAGGAAAUGAGUCUGAAAAGAGGCAGACGACGAACAUCAGCCGGACGUGAUGCUUUCGACGACAUGGAUGAUGAUGAUUAUUUUGACCCCAUGGAUUGUGGCCCGCCUAUGCCGCAAAUUGACCCUGACAAUUUUGAUAUGAUGAGUAUUACCUCUCGUAGAAAUCGGAAAGUACCCAAUGCAAGUCAGUUCCGCAAGAACCCGGAGAUGGGUGGUGGCCCUCCCUCUAGGCCCCCGUCGGCUUUUAGCAGGCAGUUUGCUGGUGGCCGUAUGAGUGGUGGAGGGAGAAAUCGUGCUAGCUCUCGGCUUCUGGACGAGAUUCCUGGGAUGCAUGAUUCCCUGUUGAAUAACCCCAUGAUGGGCUAUUCUUCCAAUCGAUAUGGAAAUGUUGACAGGAAAGAGAUGCGGGAUGAAUCGAGAGCAAACUCACUGACCGCCAGCCGCAUCAAUGACUUAGGACAGGGCAACUUCCACCCAAGCAGACGACCCAGUCAGUCUCCUGGAACUUCUUUCCACCCUGCCGGACGUGGUAUGGGGCGCCCUUCACCAGGUCAUGAUCCGUAUAACGGGCAGCCACUUAUGAUGUCACCAGGAGGAAGACCGUCCCCUGGAAUGAUGAAAGCACCGGUCCCGAAGUAUCCUCCGGGACAGGGAAAUGCGGUAGCCCCGCAACAGGUCGAGCAACAUGUCGGGGUGAGCAAUUCGUAUCCAACCAAGGGCAGUCCAAAUGUUCGAAGUCUGACAGGGAGUGCGAGCGCCAGCGCGGGGAGUGGGGAUAGUGGUGCCAGCGCCAAUCUCGACCCCGAAACUUCUGCUCAUAGCAGCCAGAGUAGUCUAGGGCCUCGUCCACCGGCGUUAACUCGUUAA